AUGUUUAAUCAAACUAAAAUAUUUUUAUUUUUAUUUUUGUUACUAUCUUUAUUUGUUUUUAUUGAUUGUUACCCAUGCGAUUAUAAUGUAGGUUGUGAUGAUGGAGAUGAAUGUACUGGUGAUUCAUGUUCAAUUGAUAAUUUAUGUAUAAAUAUUAUUAUUUCAUGUGAUGAUAGUAAUUUAUGUACCAGUGAUUCUUGUUCAAGUAUAACUGGUUGUUCUAAUGUACCAAUUUCAUGUGACGAUUGUAAUGCUUGUACCGUUGAUUCUUGUUUGCCAUUGAUUGGUUGUUGUCAUGCUCCAAUGGUAUGUGAUGAUUGUAAUGCUUGUACAGUUGAUUCAUGUUUAAAUUCAACUGGUUGCUGUCAUACUCCAAUAGUAUGUGAUGAUUGUAAUGCUUGUACAAUUGAUUCUUGUUUAAAUUCAACUGGUUGUUGUCAUACUCCAAUGGUAUGUGAUGAUGGUAAUGCUUGUACAAAUGAUGGUUGUUCAAGUGAAACUGGUUGCAAUCAUUUGCCAAUUUCAUGUGAUGAUUGUAAUGCUUGUACAUUGGAUUCUUGCUCACCAAUUACUGGUUGUUGUCAUAGUCAAAUUUCAUGUGAUGAUUGUAAUGCUUGUACAUUAGAUUCUUGUUCACCAAUUAUUGGUUGUUGUCAUACUCAAAUGGUCUGUGAUGAUGGUAAUGCUUGUACAAAUGAUGGUUGCUCUGAAGAAACUGGUUGUUGCCAUACUCCAAUUUCAUGUGAUGAUGGCAAUUCUUGUACAAAUGAUGGUUGCUCUGAAGAGACUGGUUGUUGUCAUACUCCAAUUUCAUGUGAUGAUGGUAAUGCUUGUACAUUAGAUUCUUGCUCCUCAACUACUGGUUGUUGUCAUACUGCAAUGGUAUGUGAUGAUGGUGAUGCCUGUACAUUAGAUUCUUGUUCACAAACUUCUGGCUGUUGUAGUUCACCAAUUUCAUGUGAUGAUGGUAAUGCAUGCACUAAUGAUGGUUGUUCAAGUGAAACUGGUUGUAUUCAUUUACCAAUUUCAUGUGAUGAUGGCAAUGCUUGUACAAAUGAUGGUUGCUCUGAAGAAACUGGUUGUUGUCACACUCCAAUUUCAUGUGAUGAUGGUAAUGCUUGUACUAAUGAUGGUUGCUCUGAAGAGACUGGUUGUUGUCACACUCAAAUUUCAUGUGAUGAUGGUAAUGCUUGUACAAAUGAUGGUUGUUCAAAGGAAGAUGGUUGUAUUCAUUUACCAAUCUCAUGUGACGAUUGUGAUGCCUGUACAGUUGAUUCUUGUUCAAAUGAAGAUGGUUGUAUUCAUUUACCAAUUUCAUGUGACGAUUGUGAUGCUUGUACAAUUGAUUCUUGUUUAAAUUCUACUGGUGGUUGUUGUCAUACUCCAAUUUCAUGUGAUGAUGGUAAUGCUUGUACAAAUGAUGGUUGUUCAAGUGAAACUGGUUGUAAUCAUUUACCAAUUUCAUGUGAUGAUGGUAAUGCUUGUACAUUAGAUUCUUGCUCACCAACUACUGGUUGUUGUCAUACUCCAAUUUCAUGCGAUGAUGGUGAUGCUUGUACAUUAGAUUCUUGUUCACCAACUUCUGGCUGUUGUAGUUCCCCAAUUUCAUGUGAUGAUGGUAAUUUAUGUACAAUUGAUUCCUGCUCACCUUCAACUGGUUGUUGUCAUACUCCAAUUUCUUGUAAUGAUCUCAAUAUGUGCACCAUUGAUUUCUGUCUCCCAAAUUUUGGUUGUGUUCAUAGAUUAAGACCAUCAUGCCAUAACUAUAACGAAAUUGGUAUUAAUAUAAAUUAA